ACAAUCGAUUCAAAAGAAAUGCAAAUUUAAGCCAUUUUAAUUAUGAAUGCAACUACCACUGAGUUCUUAGCUGGAAGCCUAUUUGAGAAAAAGGAACCAGUGACAUUUCGCUCACUUUCAAGAGCUUUAUCGAUCCAUCAUUCUGUGGCAAAGAAACUAUUAUUUGAAUUCUUUCAACAACAUCAUGAUAAGUUAAAUGCUUCAUUUGUCAUUACUGGGGUAGACGAUUCCGGGUUAGCAAUUAAAGUUGUACCAGAACAGGAUGUUCAAACGAAUAUUGAAGCUUUGAAAGAAAUCCACACCGUUCAUGUUUUUGGAGUGACAUCUAAAGAAAUAGGUAAUGUAGAUGUUACAAAGUUUGUGGUUCAUGAUCAAAAGAUUUCAUUAGAUUACUCAAAAUUAACCGAAUAUUUCCGUAAUGGGUUAUUACAAGGUCCCAAACUUGUCGUUGCAAAGACAUCUCGCCCGGUUUCGGCGAACCCAGUAAAGAAAUCAGAACCAUUAUCCACAAAAUCUUCUUCCUCCUCAACCCCAGUUCCUGAAACGAAAUCUAAAACAAUUAAUUCAGGUUUAAGUUCUGGCUAUGUAUCACGGAAAGGAGCGACAGAAAAGAAACCAUCUGCUGGCAUUUCGUCACUUUAUACUUCACGUAAGGGUGAGGCAAAGAAGAGCUCCCCUGCUCCUGCUAGCACUGGCUACCAAUACAAGUCACGUAAAGCAGAACUGAACCAACCGAAGGAAAGAGUAAUAGUUUCUCAAGCUGGGAUUGAAGAACCAGACGAAGAAGUCGUUAAACCAACAAAGACAAAUGUAACUGAUAUACAAAAAUUAUUUGAAGAUGAUGAUAGUGACUUUUCAGAUGAUACAGAAAUAAAAGAUGAACCUAUUGUUGUCGAAGAAAAGCCAAUUGAGACUAAUACUAUAUUGGAUGAUGUUUCUACAAAGGAGAAUGAAUCAAAGAUUGAACCAAAUGAAUCAAUAGAAGAGAUUUCGAAUCCUACAGAAACCAAGACAUCCCGCACAGAGUCUCCAGAACCGGAACAAGAAUCAUAUGUUGAUGAAGAUGGAUACCUUGUAACUGUAAACAAAACUAAAAAGGUAACCCCAACUCAACAAUCGCAUAGUUCACGACUUAAGAGACCAGCUUCUACGACAAACACCGUAUCUAAAAAUGACCCAAAGAAGAAAAAGACCGGUCAAUCGUCUCUUAUGAGUUUCUUCAAACCGAACUAAUUCUCCCUCUGAGGGCUACUAACCUAAUGACAAUAUACUUUGGGUUAAAUUUUGGCACUCUUGCAUAUUUCUUUAUGAGGAAAUUUAUUACACUACUUUUGCCAAUGGGGUUUUUACCAAGAAGAUUUGAGAGAGUAGUAAUAGGAAUCUAUACAUAGGUGCUUAAUAGGAAAUAAUGAUGAAA